AUGAAGGCCCCUUUCUCCGCUCUCCUAGUUUUUCUCUGCACUGCCCUUAGGGCGUUCUCUACGCCCAUCGAGUCUGAAGACCUCGCCGCACGCGACGAGAAAACCCUACUCGAACGCUCCACCCCCAGCUCCACCGGCUGGAGCAACGGCUACUACUACUCCUUCUGGACCGACGGCGGCGGCGACGUGACCUACACCAACGGCGCCGGCGGCUCAUACACAGUGCAGUGGAGCAACGUCGGAAACUUCGUUGGCGGAAAGGGAUGGAAUCCUGGAAGCACACGAACAAUCAGCUACGGCGGCUCCUUCAACCCCAGCGGCAACGGCUACCUGGCCGUCUACGGGUGGACCCAGAACCCGCUGAUCGAGUACUACAUCGUCGAGUCCUACGGGACCUACAACCCGGGCAGCGGCGGGACGUACCGGGGCACCGUGUACUCCGACGGCUCGAACUAUAACAUCUACACGGCGACGCGGUACAAUGCGCCGUCCAUCGAGGGCACCGCGACCUUCACGCAGUUCUGGUCUGUCCGGCAGUCGAAGCGCACGGGCGGGAGUGUGACGACGGCUAAUCAUUUCAAUGCGUGGGCGGGGUUGGGGAUGAGGCUGGGUACGCAUAAUUAUCAGAUUGUGGCGACGGAGGGGUAUCAGAGUAGUGGGGCGGCGGCGAUUACUGUUUACUAA